AUGCAGUCUGCUCUCCAAACAUAUCUCUUAAUAGUUACAGAGUAUUGCAAUGAAGGAAGUCGCUUCAUGAACGACAUAUCUCGUUACAAAAUUCUGCAAUUUCACAACGAAUUUCGAAGUCUAUUGGCUGAAGGAAAGUCGCCUGGUUACAAAGGAGCAUAUCUACCGCCCGCAUCAAGCGUUUACCAAAUGAGAUGCCAUUUACUAUAUUUGAAGAGAUGGAGCUGCGCCUUAGAAGGAAGGGCGGUGAGAGCUACUCAGGACUGUUCUCGUUACUACGACGCUGCUGCGAAUCUUGCUCAAAAUAUCUACUAUACCACUGAUGGGAAGUACGUUCAAAAAGAAGGAAUGAAUAGAGUAAUCUAUGAUGCCAUGUACCAGUGGACGAUGCCAGCCGAAUAUUACAGCCAGAAAAUAGAAGUACCGAAAUUCAGACCUUUCAACGUAACGAAGUAUCGAAAUACCGCGAUUCUCACGUUCGCGAAUAUGGCAAAUGAAAACAUUUACGAAAUCGGCUGCAAUUAUGAGCAGUGCUUCGACAGAAAUGGCAAUGUUACCGAAGCUGUGUUCUUCUGCUUCUACAACAAAAUUAUUACUGGAGGAUCAGACAUAUACGUGAUAGGAGACGGGAGGGGCUGUGAAUAUGAUCCUCAGUUGUGCGCGUCAGGGUCCUGCAAGGGUCUACUAUGUCGACUAUGA